AUGCACCAAUUCACUAAUUUUUUCGCAAGGCUCCAAUUGACGCAUCAGACCUCUCUUCCGGCAAAUCUCACCGAUAGAUUCCAUCGCCAAACUAAACUUGAGAAUGAAAUUGAGGAUUUCCUAAGAUCCCGUACUCCCCGUGAGGCAAGGGAGGAGGCCAUACGUCGACGCGUUGAGGCAAUGCGCUCCAGAAUGCAUAUUGCUGACAGGGACCGACAGAUUUCCUGGUCUUCUUGGAGGCUGGGUCGUAACCUUACCCACUACCUGGGUUCUGGCAACUUUUUAACUGGGCUUGCUCUUGGUGUGGCUCUGCUUUCAGUUGGCGCCUAUUACUUUUUUUCUUACAACUAG